GUUAAGUAGUUCACGACUUGGCUCGUCUCUCACUUUUUUUUUUACACUGAAAAAAGGUUAAUUUUCCAUUGCCAGAUCUCUUGGGAUUUAAAUUUUUUUCUUUGAAGUCUGAUUGGGAUUGGUUCAUCGCAGCCAUGAUUUCUUCAAGCAAGAUCAAGUCCGUCGAUUUUUACAGGAAAAUCCCGAGAGAUUUGACAGAGGCGUCGUUAUCCGGUGCAGGGUUAUCUAUAGUAGCAGCACUCGCCAUGAUGUUUUUAUUUGGAAUGGAAUUGAGCAAUUAUUUAACAGUCAGCACCUCUACAUCUGUUAUUGUUGACAAGAGUUCUGAUGGGGAGUUUUUACGCAUUGAUUUUAACAUCAGUUUUCCAGCGCUCUCAUGUGAGUUUGCUUCUGUUGACGUGAGUGAUGUCUUGGGAACUAACAGGUUGAAUAUAACAAAAACAAUCCGAAAGUUUUCUAUAGAUCCACAUUUAAGACCAACUGGUGCUGAGUUUCAUGCUGAACCUGUUCCACAUUUCAUUAAGCAUGGAGAUGAAGUUGACGAAGAAAGUGUUGAGGGUUCCGUACCAUUAAAUGGUGUUAGCUUUGACAAACUUUCACAUCAGUAUCCAAUUUUGGUUGUCAAUUUUUAUGCUCCUUGGUGCUACUGGAGUAAUCGCCUGAAACCAUCAUGGGACAAAGCAGCCAAGAUAAUAAAAGAGAGAUAUGAUCCAGAAAUAGAUGGGCGUAUUCUUUUGUCAAAGGUUGAUUGCACUGAAGAAGUUGACUUGUGUAGGAGGCAUCACAUUCAAGGGUAUCCUUCUAUUCGCAUUUUCCGAAAAGGCAGUGAUUUGAGGGAGGACCAUGGACACCAUGAUCAUGAAUCUUAUUAUGGAGAUCGUGAUACAGAAAGCCUGGUUAAGACAAUGGAAGAAUUGGUUGCUCCUAUACCACUGGAGUCCCAGAAGCUGGCUUUGGAGGAUAAAUCCAACAUAACAAAAAGACCAGCACCAAAGACAGGAGGAUGUAGAAUUGAAGGAUAUGUGCGUGUAAAGAAGGUUCCUGGCAACCUUAUCAUUUCUGCUCGUUCGGCAGCCCAUUCUUUUGAUGCUUCCCAAAUGAACAUGUCUCAUGUCAUAAGCCAUCUUUCAUUUGGUAAAACAAUUUCACCUCGGGUACUGAGUGAUGUGAAGCGGUUAAUACCUUAUAUUGGUAGAAGCCAUGACAGGUUGAAUGGUCGGUCAUUCAUUAAUCACCGGGAGUUAGAUGCAAAUGUUACUAUAGAGCAUUACCUUCAAAUAGUCAAAACAGAGGUGGUUACAAGAAGAUCUUCUCGUGAACAUACAUUAAUUGAGGAAUAUGAGUACACAGCGCACAGCAGUCUGGCACAGAGCAUAUACAUACCUGUCACAAAAUUUCAUUUCGAGUUAUCUCCAAUGCAGGUUUUAAUAACAGAAAACCCAAAAUCGUUUUCGCACUUUAUAACCAAUGUCUGCGCUAUAAUUGGAGGUGUUUUCACGGUUGCUGGGAUUUUGGAUUCAAUUUUACAUAAUACAAUUAGGCUGAUGAAAAAAGUAGAAUUAGGCAAAAAUUUUUGAUAGACGAGUCAAAAAAAAAAAAUUGUUAUUCUGUAAAGAAUUCUAAUUAGUGAGGACAAUCGAGAUGUAGCCCUUUUCACACAUGAAAUGAAGCACAAGAAUUUUUGUUGCAA